AUGCAGGCAGCCGAACAGGAAGCGAGCACCCGAGUGGAGGGCAGCAAGACGCAGCUCAGACUCGGCCACGUGGGUGCGAAGGAGAACGCACACCGCUGCCACCAGAUACUGAAACAGCUGAUAACACGGCGCAGUGAGGUGUCAAGCCGCUGUACCCGGGCUACGGAGGCGGGUCACCUGGAGCUGCCCCAGGUGCGCUCUGAGCGGGCCCGGCGGCACUUUUGUUUCCGGGCCGCUAUGAGCUGGAACGAUGCCCCUGAUGCUGUCAGGGAGCCAGCCUCGCCUGCGCCCGCUGCGUCGGCGGCGACGGUGACGCGCCGGCGGCCAACCAUGGCGCACCUGCCGUCGGUGCGCGCUACCAGCGGCCGGCCGCGGCUGCCGCCGGCGCACAUCUCCCGGCCGGUGAGCUUCACCUCGCUGCAGCCGCUCUCCCGCGCCUCCUCUGGCGGUUCUCGCAGUGACGACGACCCGGUGGCAGUCGCCGCGCCGGUCCCGCCCGCCGGCCAACUGCCAUCCAAGUACGAGCCGCUGCCGGCCAUCCCCAAACGCCUGGUGCGCCAGAGGACCUACGAGGUCAUCGAGCUGGUGGUGCUCAAGCCAGGCACUCCGCCGAGCGUCGGACCAGAGACCGCGAGGUCCCGCAGUGUUGACGACGGUCGGCCGCCGGCUGCUGAUGCGGAGGAACAGACAAAGGAUGCUAAAGGGGGCGCUGAGGGACAGCAGAGGGACGCAGCAGGCUCUGAGGGAGAGCAGAGGGACGUGGAGGGUCCUGAGGGGCAGCAUGAGGAUGUGUCAAACUCUGAGGGACAGCGCAGGGACAAUGUGGCGGGCGCGGACCUUGAUACUCCGCGCGAGGACCCAGUGGCCGAGUCCGGGGUCCAGCCGGAGGGGGACAGUGCUCCUCCGUCUGAACCGCAGGCGGAGGACGCGGGUGACAGUGACGGUGACAGUGACGGUGACGAUGGGGCCAGUGACAGUGAUGAGGCAGCUGACGCUGACGAGGAGGACCUGCAGUCGAGUACCCCGAGAGAUGAGGACAAUGACAGGUCUGAGCCGGGCCGAGCGAGGCUGGACGUUCGUAACGACUCUGUCGAGGAGGUCGAGGUCGCAGAGGCGCCCGACCUGCCGACCGACUCGCUCGAGACGCUGUCAGGGCAGGAGUCCGGGCCGAAUGAUCCCUCAGCGUUACCGCCCCCCGCUGGCCGGGAGAACAAUUAUCUGAAGCUCAAUAACUACUGCACGGGCGAGGAGGGAGAGUCAGAUCUGGAGGAGGGCGAGGAUAAGGGAGACGCUGACACUGACGGAAACAGAUGA